AUGAUCCGAAUCAGCCAAUUGCAAAAUGGAUCGCAAAGAUACGCAAUGCGGCAUCCAAUCUCAAAUCCAGACACUUGGAAGCCGAUUUGGGACCAUCUUGUCUAUUCGCCUAAGGAGAUCUCUCUUGACAACGCCAUUGGUGCGCUUGAGGCUCACGAGGUAUCCAUGCAAGUAACGUUCAACCACUCGGGCAAGAACUAUGCGGCUGCUGCUGUAAAAAAACCAAAGAAACGACUUGGCUGCUGGAACUGCGGACAAACUUUCCACCACUCCUCCGCGUGUCCCAACCCCUCUCUAAAGAACAAGUUGAACACAACAGCGAAAUCAGCUGUAGCGUGGGCUGGUGCGACCUCUGCGGCACCUCUUGGCAAUGGUGGACCUAGCAAUGAUGAAGAUGACAACAGCUUCGACAAAUAA